AUGGAGCUCCGUCCACUCCGUGUGAUGAUCUUGCUUAUUUCACUUAUCCGAGUCGGACAAGCUCAAGUGUGUGUUUGCUUUUUGACUUUUUCACCAGUUCUGUCUGUGGAGCCGAAUUCACCUCAAAUAUUCAGAGGAGAGACGGUUACACUCACAUGUAGGAUUUCAGGAUGGAGUGGACCGUACUACUGGUACAAAGAUGGUGUUUAUAGUCACGGUUCUGCUGAAAAUUACUACACUAUAAAAGUAGAUCAGAGUCACAGAUACAGAUGUUACGGGUCUAUUGAUGGACGGUCAACGGCAUGGAGCGAUGAAGUGACUCUCUCAGUGAUGGAGAGACCAAAAGCCGUUCUGACGCUGCAGCCUGAUGGACAGAUAUUCAGUGGACAGGAAGUCACUUUCACAUGUGAAAUACGAGGACAUGCAGACACUGAGUGGAUGUACAACUGGAAUAAAGAUGACGUCCAAAUAUCCUUCUACACUGAGAGCAGGAAAUAUUCAUUCACUCCUGUAGAGUCUCUCAGCGCUAAAUACACCUGCAGCGGACGGAGAAGAAGCGACUCUCAGACCUCAGAGACCAGCAACACUGUUACACUCACUGUGUCAGAAAAACCUAAACCUGAACUCACACCAAGUCGUGAAGGAGCUGUACUGAAAGGAAACUCCGUGACUCUGUCCUGUACACUGAAGCUGCAGUCUGCUGGAUGGAAGUUUUACUGGAUCAAACCCACACAGAGCACUGAGACUGAGACUGAAACAGACUACUACAACAUCAGCUCCGUUAGAGACUCUGAUGGGGGUCAGUACAGGUGCAGAGCUGGAAGAGGAAACCCAGUCUACUACACAUACUACAGUGAUGCACUCUGGGUAAAUGUUACUGAGAGUCCUAAAGCUGUGGUGACCAUAAAGCCUGAUAAGCAUGUGUUCAGAGGAGAGACUGUGACUCUCAGAUGUGAAAUACAGGGAGGAGGAGACACUGAGUGGACAUACAGCUGGUAUAAGAAAGAUAACACACUCUACUCAUCCCGCACAACACAGGAGUUCAGCUUCAGCUCAGUUAGAAAUGAUGACAGUGCUGAAUACACCUGCAUAGGGAGGAGAAGUGACUCUCAGAGCUCAGAGAUCAGUGAUGCUGUUACACUCACUGUAUCAGAUGCAGCAGAGGCAGUAGUGAGUGUGUCUCCACUGCGCUGGCUGACUGAAGGAGACUCAGUGACUCUAAGCUGUGAGGUUAAACACUCCUCUACAGGCUGGACAUUCAGCUGGUACACAGAGGUUCCCUCCAGAGACAGUCAGGGUUCCCUCAGGUACAGUACAGCGCUCCUCUCAGACAGCAGCAGAGGAUCUGGAGGCUCCUACACUCUCAGUCCUGUUACUGUGAAGCACACAGGAGUUUAUAUGUGCAGAGCAGAGAGAGGAGAACCAGUCUUUCACACACGGGACAGUAACCUACAGCCACUGUGCAUCACUGGUGAAUCUCCUCCAGUGUCUCUGAUCAUCAAUCCCAGCAGAACUCAACACUUUACUGCUGACUCUCUCUCACUGAGCUGUGAGGACCAGAGUGACUCUACUGGAUGGACAGUGAGAGGAUACACACACAGUGAGGCAGUGUCUGAUUGUUCAUCAGUUUCAGGAUCUACAUGUAACAUCAGCUCCCUCUCUACAUCACACACUGGAGUUUACUGGUGUCAGUCUGAAUCUGGAGGACGCAGUAAUCCUGUCAACAUCACAGUGCACCGUGGUCAUGUGAUCCUGGACAGUCCUGUCCAUCCUGUGACUGAGGGACAUCCUCUGACUUUACAUUGUUUAUCUCGCAACUCAAAGACCUCAGCUUCUGGUGUUGAUUUCUAUAAAGAUGGUUCAGUCCUGCAGAACAAGACUACAGGAGAGAUGACCAUCAGUACUGUCUCAAAGUCAGAUGAAGGUUUCUACCACUGUAAACACCCAGAGAGAGGAGAGUCACCCAAAAGCUGGGUUUCAGUCAGAGACUCAGGGUCUGGAUCCAGUACUGAUAUAGUAUUUGUGUCUGUGGGACUGAGCUUGGCCUUUCUGUUCAUCAUCCUUUUACUGAUCCUGCGUUGGUGGCACAAAUCCAUCAAAGGAAAGGACAGAGACAUACAGCAGAACAGCAAUCAGACACCAGGCCAGAACCCGAGUCAGUCAGGAGCUGAGGAUUCUCAGUCAGGACACGCUCCACUUCAGACCGAUGUGCACAUUUAUGCCACUGUGGAGAACGCAAGUAAAAGUGAAGCUGCAGCUGAACUCAGUGGGGCCGUUUAUGCACAGGUCAUGAAGAAAAAGGAGUCACACAAGAAUAAAGAUGAUGAUGCUGGACCCAGUGAUGUGAUUUACACUGAGCUUGAACUCAAGCCACAGAAAAAAGCAAAGAAAAAUCAAGUGAAGGCCAGUGUAGAGUAUGGAACUGUUUACUCACAGCUGAAGCAGAACACAUAGGUGCUGGAGGAGUGAAUACACAACUGAACAGACGAGAGAGAAGAGAGAGAGAAGUUCAUCAUGUGUGCAGUGACAGUAAAAUCAGAGUGAGGUUGUUUUGUACAGGUUCUUUGCACUUAUUUGGUUUAAAAUGUGUGUGGGGGGGGAUUAAGAACGUGUGUAUGGACAGCAUUAAGAAGUAUUUACAGGGUGUAUUUUAUUGAUUACUUGUGCCACUAUUAGGACUGGUUGUAAAGCAAAAGGAUUUAGUAGUAAUAGUAAGAGUAAUAAGUCAAUGUGACUGAACUUUUAUUCUUGAAAAUGUUUUUUCACUCAUGUGAGGGGCUUCAUCAUGUCAUCUGUGUGCAGUUCACACCACCAGAACUCUAAGUCGUUAUGAUCACAUACAGAGAUACACUGAUGUAUUUUCCACCACACGGUACAACCACAAUCACCAGCCUACAGUUAAAAAGAUCAUGUAUCAUUUCAUCAUAACAAAUAUCACUUCAUGGUUUCAUUGUAUUAAGCAACACUUUAAAUAAAUGCGUGCAGAUAUCACAAACCACAACAAGAUGAAUAUCUAUCACAAGUCCUAAACUGUGUGCACCAAAUGUGUCUGUAAUGUCACACGUCUUCCAGAAACUAUCGUUUUAAUGUAUUUUUAUCGCACUGUAACAAGCCUGUUAGAAAAGUCAUGUGCAUAGAGUGUACAGUUUUAUCUCCAGCAAACGUUUGUACUCAUCUCCAUCCAUGUGGACAUAAGCAGUAUCAGUAUAUGUAAAGUUAGAGGUGCUCAGUACAGUGCAAUCCCUCAAUUUAUUUACUUGGUAUUUUAAUUUUUUUUUUUUUUCUUUGGUUUAAAUUUGUAAGCAUUUCAGCAAUUACAGUUGUACUUUUAGUUCACACAAAUGAUAUCCUGCAUUAAAAUAUACAUGUAUACAAAGCAGCUGUAUUUUAUUAAGGGGCGUUAUUCACUGAUUAACCUCCAGUUGCUUUACAAGUGAUGACGUCCUAUGAAACAAUGCAUAUAUUCAUUCUCAUGCAUCAUUAUUGUUGUACUCUACAAGAAAAAUACCUGCAUUGCAGUAGAAAUCAUCAGCUCUGUUUCUCAUUAAUAUUAUGUUUAUAAAGUGGCUAAAGCUAAACAGAGAGCAUGAAAAAUUUCAGAUGAGGAAAUAUUUUAUCAAUCCUGCAUCACACAGACUGUGAAUAAAGUCUACUGUAAGAUAUUGCAAAUUUAAAAACAAAACAAACAACAACAAAAAUGCAUUCAUGUGUUUUCUGUAUAAAGGGGUCAUUUUAUUACCUUUACGCACUUGUCAAAAGAUUACGACAGUGCCAUCUUCUGGGUAUGAUUCAUUUUAGAAAAGUCUACGCAUUAUUAAAUUCUAUGUCUUUGAAAAUGUACAUUUUACAUUUGUUUUUAAUUUGUGUGUUUUUUUGGAAAUACUAAUGGUUAAUGACCACAAACACUAUUAACUUAAGUGAAUAAAAGGCAAUAAUCAGCAAUAUGCGUUCACACACAUGACUUUAUCUGAAGGUUUCAUUGAUGCAACAUGAUACUGAGUUGUUAGAAAAGAUAUGUGUAGUGACGCCAUUGUCUGAUGAAGUAAAGGAACCGAUGAACCGGUUCAUUGAAACAAACUGUCCGAAAGAACCGGUUCGUGGAAAUGAAUCGGACUUUCCAUCAGCCCCCGCAUGUAGGGAAGCGGCCCGCUUAUAAAGCUGAAGCUCCGCCCAUUCGGCAUGAACCAUUAUAAACAAUAAAUAUCAGGUAAGUAUGAACACAACAACCUCACACAUAAAGAUAAGUAUACAUCAUCAUAAACAUAUAGAUAUGAACAUAUAAUAUGAUCAUAAUGUGAACAUACACACAUAUUAACCACCUUCCUCAUGUUCAUUUCAAUAAAAGUCCCCCUUUUCCCGCAGACACAUAAACACUGGUGCAGAAAUAGGACAGGAGUUUAUCUCCUCCCUCUUGCUGUAGUCUCGGCGGACUGGACCCGGAAGACGGACGCGGACAAUCUACAGCACAAACAAAGACAGACUAUACAAAUAUACAGACACGUCAAUAAAGAUGUUCUGUUUUAAACUUA